CUGCCCGUCCAUUCUGAGCUUCAAUCAUACACGGCGGCCGCAGACGUUUAUUUUGUUGUUGCUGGUCAACAAGUUAGGCAGCUGGUCGUGCAAUUUCUUGCGCUAGUUUUCAAAUACGAAAUUCGCCAAUCUUCAAUCAAUCCAACGUGAUCAACGUCAAAACGUCAAACGAAAAAGGUCAAAACAAAAAAAUAUACGAAAUACUAACAUUUGCGAAAAUAAUCAAAGCAGACCAAACAACCAGCUAACGAGUUUUCUUUACAGUUUGACUGUAAGACACUCUCUGCUGUUUUCCUGUGUGAGUGUGUCAGUGUCUUUAUUUUUUUUUCCCCCUCUGUUUUUUGGUGUCACUUCUCUGUGUUUUAUUGUGUGUCGAAGCAAUUUCUCAAGUGCUGCGUAAAACGAAUUUCGCGCGCCGCCAAAUUUUGACGUCAGCCGCGCGACGGGCCGCAACUGCGAGAGUUACGUUUAGUUAGCUGUGCGAGAUAUUCUGAUAUUGUGAUUCGGACAGCCUAUACGGGUAUUUGCAUUUUCCGCCCAAAGCAACAAAAGAAAAACUAUGCGCGUGCCCAUGCUACUGCUGCGAUUACAACUAAUACGACAAGAGCAAGAGCAAGAGCCAGAGCCAGAGCCAGAGCAAGAGCAAGAGCAGCAAGCAGCAACAGCAGACGAAGGGGAAGAGGCAGAGAAGCAAGAGAAACAACAUCGCCAAUUCUGCACAGUGAGCAAAAGGCGCACGUAAAAUGCAACUCGUAACGUCAACAGCGAGCGUCAACGCCAGCGCCAGCGUCAACGGCAGGGGCAGCGUCUCCCCUAACGGCAUUUUAGGAGCUUCCAUUGCGUACAAACGCAAGCCCGAUCAGGAGCUGGAGCUGCGACGCAAACAGCACAGAGGCAAUUAUAAUGCGUACGGCUACAACAACAACUCUUACUACGAUAACAACAACAACAACAAUUGUAAUGGCAAUAGCUACGGGUAUGGCGACCAACGCAAGCAGGUGGGCAAAAUGUAUUACAAUUCAAAGGCGCGUCCACCGUGGGCCAAAUAUCGUACGCCGAUAUUCAUAACAGCAGCAACAACAGCAACGAUGACAACAACAACAACAAAUUCAGCGAUUGCAGCAACAACAAUGCCAGCAGCAUUUCUCAAUACCAGCAACAGCAACAACAACAACAACAACGAUCAACCGUUAACUACAAACUCAGUACCAGCAGCAACAACAACAACAGCAACAACGACAUGUAAGUUAAUAAUUUUGUAUUUUUCCUAUGCAUUUAACAAUUCUAUGGGUAAGUGCUGCUAUUUUAAUGUCUUUGCGCCAAGCCCCAAAAAUCAUAUACAAAAGACACGUCGCGACGUGAACAACAAACUUCAUCAAAUGUUAAAGAUAACCAGGAACAGUGUGGCAAAUGAGCGUUACUGACUAUUGAAUACCCAUUCAUGGCCCAAACGCCAGAUAGGUAUUUCAAUUUGCCACGCCCCCGACUGGGGUAUUUACAGAUAUAGAGGAUCUCUUGUAGUAUUUUAGCUGUUAUUUUAAGUUUAUAGCUCUAAAACGUUUUAUUUUUAUUCGACACGCCGUCAAAUGGGCAAUGAUAUAUACAGAUAUCUGUCAUAUCUUAUUAAAUUUGAUCUGUCAAUCUGUUCUAUUUGAUGCUAUGAUUUCUGAGCUACCUGAAAAGACAUUUUCCGAUUUGCCGCGCCUCUAUUGGAUCGUCUAGAUGGUUUUUAUUCAGAAACUAAUAUACUCAUCUUUAUUUUCAUGAAUGUGUAUAAAUAUAUAUACAAAAUGUAUAUAGAAAAUGUCCAAUUAUUUAUGAUGCUAAACGCGUUAGAAAUUGCGCAUUUGCAAAGAGACAACAGCAGCAACAACAACAACAACAAAUGACAAGUGACAUAUUAUUAAAUGUGAAACUUGUUGCAUUUUGUAUAAAUUUCGAAUAGCGCAUAAAUUUGGAGUAAAUUGAUCAAGAGAAACGAACCAAAACAGGAAAUGUGUGUGGGUGUGGGAAAUGUGUAGGGGAUGCAGGGAGGUGGGGGCGGUAGGCGGGGUCGACGGUGUGGGUUUGUGCCAGGCGAAGUCCUUCGCUACAGUUCAACGAACCAAAAAAAAAAAAAAAAAAAUAAAUAAAUAAAUAAAAUAAAAUAAAAAUGUUGCCAAGCCAGCUUCAGGUUGAGCUAAAACUUUGGGGGCCAACUGCGUAGCGGGCCUGGAGACAGCAGCGAGCGAAAGAGACAGCGGGGAGGAGAGAGAGAGGAAGUGAGGGAGAGGGAGCGAGAGCGAGAGCGAGCGCGAGGGUUGCAAUUGCGCGUCGCUUCGCAUCGCGUCGAGUCAUUAACAUUUUGGCAGCGCGAUGUUUCAUUGAACCUGAGCUCAACCAGAUAGCAUUAAGAUUUAUACACACACAAACACACACAGAAAGAGAGAGGGAGAGCGAGUGAGAGAGAGUGCGAGAUGCGUACACAUUGUGCAAACGAACAGAUGUUAGCCUGACGCCAUCUGUUGGCCGCAUGACGAAACUCGAAACAGUAUCACGCAUCACGCAUUGUGCAAGGACAUCUGCUCGCUCGCUCUUAAGGUUGUUGCUCGUUAAGAUGCCCCAUUAUGGGCAGCGAUCGCUUCAUCAAUUGAGCAAACAAACAAAGAGGGAGCGAGAGAGAUGGAGAUAGAAAUAGAGA